GAUGCCGUCUCCAAAAAUCAGUGAUGGAUGAUAAAUUAUACAGAAAAGAAAAAGAGCCAAGCACCGAAAAGAGCGGGGAAUCGAGAGCUAAUCAAACGACUCGUUAUUCGGGUCUAUAAAUAAAAUCCCAUUUUUUCCCUAUAUUUCACUUCCUCCUAUCAUUUCAAUCUCAUUUUCUCUUCUUUCAGAUCUCAAUCAAGAUAUGGAUACCUUCUUAUUUACUUCCGAGUCUGUCAAUGAAGGUCACCCCGACAAGAUCUGUGACCAGGUUUCGGAUGCUAUCCUUGAUGCCUGCCUGGAACAAGACCCAGAAAGCAAAGUGGCCUGUGAGACUUGCACCAAGACUAACAUGGUUAUGGUCUUCGGGGAGAUCACCACGAAGGCCAAAAUUAACUAUGAGAAAAUUGUUCGGGAUACUUGCAGAGGUAUAGGGUUCACCUCAGCUGAUGUCGGCCUUGAUGCUGACAACUGCAAAGUUCUAGUUAACAUUGAGCAGCAGAGCCCUGAUAUUGCACAAGGAGUUCAUGGUCACCUCUCCAAGAAACCUGAGGAAAUUGGGGCUGGUGACCAAGGUCACAUGUUUGGCUAUGCCACAGACGAAACCCCUGAGUUAAUGCCUCUAACCCAUGUGCUUGCGACUAAACUUGGUGCCAGGCUCACCGAAGUGAGAAAGAACAAGACAUGUCAAUGGUUAAGGCCUGAUGGUAAGACCCAAGUGACUGUUGAAUAUCGCAAUGAUGGUGGAGCCAUGGUCCCCAUACGUGUUCACACUGUUCUUAUUUCAACCCAACAUGAUGAGACCGUCACCAAUGAGAAGAUUGCAGCUGACUUGAGAGAGCAUGUCAUUAAGCCUGUCAUUCCAGCAAAGUAUCUCGAUGACAAAACCAUUUUCCACCUCAACCCAUCCGGUAGGUUUGUUAUUGGUGGACCUCAUGGAGAUGCAGGACUCACUGGCCGAAAGAUUAUCAUUGAUACCUAUGGUGGCUGGGGUGCUCAUGGUGGUGGUGCUUUCUCAGGGAAGGAUCCCACUAAGGUGGAUCGCAGUGGUGCAUACAUAGUUAGGCAAGCAGCAAAGAGCGUGGUGGCCUCAGGCCUUGCACGUCGAUGUAUCGUGCAAGUCUCCUAUGCAAUCGGUGUGCCGGAACCCUUGUCAGUUUUCGUAGACACUUACAAGACAGGCAAAAUCCCGGACAAGGAUAUUUUGGCAUUAAUCAAGGAAGCUUUCGACUUCAGGCCGGGAAUGAUCUCUAUCAAUCUUGACCUGAAGAGAGGAGGAAAGUUUAGGUACCAAAAGACUGCUGCUUAUGGUCAUUUCGGCCGUGAUGAUCCUGAUUUCACUUGGGAGAUUGUUAAGCCUCUUAAGCCCAAGGCCUAAGUUACUAGUUACUACCAUAGCCAUAAUGUCAUGUGGUACGUAUCUGUCAAUUUGUUUCAUUUUACAUUCUUUACUUUUCAGGGCGUAAUUUAUUUCCCCAACCAUCUAUUGUUUCUCAUGGAUAUAUUCUUUUAAGAUUUUCCUGUCUACUUAUUCAAUCCAAAAUAUUUUCUUUUAUUAUAGAA